GCGCCAUCGCAUUCCGCCUGAAACGGCAGGUGUGGAGAAGCUCUGCCAUCCUCCACACCUGCCAACUCGCACGCAGCCUCCAUUUCGUCACAACCAACUUUCAGACUCUUGCCCGUCCCGCCAUCAUGACAGGGAUCUAAGAAUAAGUUCAUGCUCUCUGUCAGAUAGCCCAACUAUCGAAACACACCGCCGCCUAGUAGCACCUUGCACUCUCAAGAGGACACAUGUCUCAAUCUACCACUCCCGUCAAGCAAGCCAAGCCACCUGCCGCUGCUGGAAGCGAGAAGGACCCCCUCCGUCUGAUCGAGAAGUUAGAAGUCAAGACAAAAGCCGUUAAUGCAAACAAUGUUGCCAGAGUAGCCAACAGUCACUUGGUUAGUGCGGAUGAUAAACUGCAUCCUUUGUUGAGCCUUAAGAAUGGAAGGACACUGGAGAAGUUUCCCGAAUCUCCAAAAGCUUUGGCUAAAUUGAGUGUCGCUCUUGUGGACGCCAUGCUCAGUGCUCUGGAGGCCGAUCGCAACGGUAAUGAAAUGGAGAAGAGAGAAAGGCUGCGUCUGCAGAUUGGUCUCAAGCCCAACCCUGCAUGAGUGCAAGACUUCACGACUAUUAAUGUAUUGAUGGUGUCAUCUAGCGUGUAAAGACAUUCAGAGCGAGACCACAAUACAGAGCAAAUCACUC